GCAAAAACCACAUCUAUCAUCUUAAAGGGUACAAGAGAUAGUUUAUUGUGGAGCCAUUUUGAGUGACUGUGACGAAGGGACACAGAUUUAGGUUUCCCUAAAUUCUAUCCUGCAACGUGGAAGGAGUUUCGUGAAGUUUUUAUCAUUUCAUAAACAAAAAAAUCAUAAAUCAAGGCAAGUUUAAAACACUUUGAUGGGUACAUCAGAGAGGGAGAUACGACAAUGCGUGUGGAACUAUUCUGUUCUUCUAUCUAUCCCAUGACAUUUGGCAGAAGUUAGUGGUCUGCUAAGCUAAUAGAUUUCAUAAAGGCUUUUAGCUGUUGUCACAAGAUGUUAGUUGUGUCACAGUGGGGCAAGAAAUGACUGCUCCGAACUUGACCCACUAUAAGAUAAUUAGCUUCUGAACCUUCAACAUUCCAAUCUCUCCACAGUACAGAAUUCUAAUCCACCACUUGAUCUCUGCAGACACUGAUUCGCAGCUAGAUGCAGCUUCCUUUCAGAAGUUGGCUUUCACAGUAGGUUGGCUCGGUGAGAUGCAUAAGCACCGUGAGUCUGCAUUUUGGGCUCUCCUGGUGCCUGAAACAGUAUCUAUUCCCAUGCCAUUGUCAGCGAACCUACAAGAUUCUCUUAGUGCACUCAACAUCCCACCAGUGUCUCUCAAAACGUGGGAGAUACAUAGAGAAUGAUCGGCUUUCCACUAGUUCAGACCUCAUUCUUCAUAUCAUGACUGGAUCAAGCAGUCACACCCUUAAAGUUUUCCAGCACCAGAUCACAGUUCCUCCCAGUCUGUGCUUUAGGCUGAAGACUUGCUCCUCUUGGGUUUCUGAAACAAAACCGAAAAGGUCGGUUCGGAUUGGCUGAGCUAGGAAGAAUGACAGACACUUCACCAAAUCACAAAACUAGAGUUUUCGUCUUAGUUCCCGCCCUAGAAUCGCAGCAACAGUGCUGCUUGAUUUGUUUUAUCGAAGCAAAGGCCAACCUGGGGUUGCUAUGGAAACAGGACGCUGCAACCUGCGCAGCCUGUAGGACCGCUCACUUGGAGAAUUUAGCAAAGCUCUGUAUUGUUUCCUUCCAUAACUUCAUUCUCCUUUCAGCCAGAUUUUUUUUUCUUGACUCCUAUGGAAAACUCCACUUUAAAGCAAGAAGAAGAAAACCAAGAGCCUGAGGAAGCAGAGAAGCCAUGGGAAGGAGCGGCAGCAGUUUCUCCCCAGGAUCCUGGUCCCCUGUCACCUGAGUACCUGGAAAAGGAGCAAAGGUCAGACACUGAAAUCCAAGGCACAAUGAGCCCCUCUUGGGGCCGCCAGUCUAGAGCCAGCCUGUCUCUGGGAGACCUCAUGGGACCAGAAGUGCCAUCCUCCCCUCCUCUGCUUCCACUGGAGUCUAACUCCAGUCCUCCCCCCACUAUAUCGACCCAGGACCCUGUGGCUUCAUCACAGGCGGAGAAGAUCCCCGGUGGGAUUCCUGGCAUUGCAACACCACCUCUUUCUGAUCCUUGGGAACCAUAUUCUGCUUCUUACUACACAAGCCAAGCAGAGGAAACCGCCUCUCCACCCUCUCAGCCAUCCCCGUUUGACUUGUGUAGGCCAGGGGAUGCCAGCCAUAAGAAGCCCAAGCCCAAAGGGCUGAGAUUCGACCUUUUACAGGAAGAAGACUCAAACAGUAACUGUGAUCCAGACCAACCUGAGUUUGAGGCUAAUGAAGCAGCUCCCAGUAUGCUUGAGGUGGCCGUUCAAAAUGCAAAGGCAUACCUACUGAGCACCAGCAGCAAGUCUGGUUUAAAUCUAUAUGAUCAUCUUUCUAAUGUGUUGACCAUGAUAUUAGAUGAGCGCCCUGCAGAUGCUGUUGAUAUCAUUGAAAAUAUAAGCAAAGAUGUGAAAAUGGCAAAUUUUAAUAAAAAGUUAGAUACACUCCACAAUGAAAAUGAGAUGCUUCCAGCAUAUGAAAUAGCAGAGAAGCAAAAGGCUCUGUUUCUCCAGGGACCAUUGGAAGGAGCUGAUCCAGAACUGGAAGAGGAAAUUGCAGAAAGCUCUCUGCCCAAUGUGAUGGAGUCAGCUUACUAUUUUGAACAAGCUGGAGUUGGUUUGGGGACAGAUGAGACUUAUCGGGUGUUUCUUGCUCUCAAACAACUUACUGAAACACAGCCAAUCCAAAGAUGCCGCUUCUGGGGCAAGAUCUUGGGUCUGGAAAUGAAUUAUAUCAUUGCUGAAGUAGAAUUACGUGAUGGAGAAGAUGAAGAGGAAGUGGAAGAGGAAGGGGUAGCUGAAGAGAGAGAUGAUGUAGAAAGUGAAGCCGGUGAAGGCGAGGAGGAUGAAUUACCGAAGUCCUUGUAUAAGGCCCCACAGGCGAUACCUAAGGAAGAAAACAGAACAGGCACAAACAAGUACAUCUAUUUUGUUUGCAAUGAGCCUGGAAGGCCAUGGGUGAAGUUACCGUCAGUUACGCCUGCACAAAUUGUUACCGCAAGAAAAAUCAGGAAAUUUUUCACUGGACGACUAGAUGCGGCCAUCAUCAGCUACCCACCCUUCCCAGGAAAUGAAAGCAAUUACUUAAGAGCACAAAUUGCUCGCAUUUCAGCAGGGACCCAUGUCAGCCCUCUAGGAUUCUAUCAGUUUGGUGAAGAGGAAGGAGAAGAAGAAGAGGAGGCAGAGGGUGGUCGAGACAGCUAUGAAGAAAACCCUGAUUUUGAAGGCAUCCAAGUGAUUGACCUGGUCGAAUCUCUAUCCAAUUGGGUUCAUCAUGUGCAGUACAUUCUUCCUCAGGGUCGCUGUACUUGGUUCAAUCCUAUACAAAAGAAUGAGGAAGAGGAAGAAGAAGAAGAUGAAGAAAAAGAAGACAAAGGAGAAGAGCCUGACUAUAUAGAACAGGAAGUGGGACCUCCUCUUUUGACACCAAUCUCUGAAGAUUUAGAUAUUCAGAAUAUCCCCUCUUGGACAACCCGGCUGUCCUCAAAUCUCAUUCCACAGUAUGCUAUUGCUGUCCUUAGAUCCAAUCUUUGGCCUGGAGCAUAUGCCUUUUCCAAUGGCAAGAAGUUUGAAAACAUCUACAUUGGCUGGGGUCAUAAGUAUAGUGUGGAGAAUUACACACCCCCAGGCCUGCCACCAGUCUACCAAGAAUACCCCAGUGGACCAGAAAUUACAGAAAUGGAUGAUCCCAGUGUGAGUGAGGAACAGGCUUCCAGGGCCACACAAGAGGCCACUGUACUUUCAGCUGAGGAGAAUGAAGAAACUGACGAUGAAGACGAUGACAAUGAUGACUAACAUGAAAUUAGCCCAGUCUGAUGUGGCACUGAAACACACACAAAUCUUUUAUGGGGGGCU